AACAAUGGCGUUGCCUCCACGUCAGUUUGUCUAAAAAAAACUUUACUCUCAGCAACAAAAUUCUUUAAAAUUCGAGUCGAAUUUGUUCUCACGGCAUUAGCUGAAAGCAGUCUCUGAACUGUGCUGAGUCAUAGCAUUGUUUGGAUGAAUUUAUUUUAAGAGAAAAAAAAAAAUUCCAAAUGAGCGGUCCGGCGGUGCAUCCGGUGGAGGUUCCGCCGCAGACCACCGAGGCGGCGCCGCCGACGGUAAGAAUGAAGGAUGUUCCUGGAAUGGCCGGAACCGUCGGCGCACUCUGCCUCAGAUUAUGUCAAGUUGUUUUUGCAGUUGUUUCCCUUUGUGUUAUGGCCACAACCUCAGAUUUCCCUUCCGUCACAGCAUUUAGGUACCUUGUUGCUGCCGUCGGUUUACAAAGUUUAUGGAGCAUGUUGUUGGCUCUUGCAGAUGUGUAUGCACUUCUAGUAAAACGAAGGUUCCGAAAUAGUGGUGCUGUCAGUUUGUUUGCUGUUGGUGAUGGAGUUACUUCGACUUUAACAUUUGCUGCUGCUUGUGCCUCUGCUGGUAUUACCGUCCUCAUUGGAAACGAUCUCAAUAAAUGCAACAUGAACCACUGCUCUAGAUUCAUGUCGUCUACGGCCAUGGCUUUUCUGAGCUGGUUCGCCGUAUUGCCGUCCUUUUUGCUGAAUUUUUGGACUCUAGCUUCCCGGUAGCGCAAAAUGCAUUCGUCUGUGAUCAAUAUAUUAUCAACUAGAUUUCGUUUCUUGUACUUUCUGGGGUUCCUUUUAUCUUUCUCCAAGUUGUCUAAAUUCCACGCGCCGAAUUCUGUUGUUAAGGCAUUCUGUCACUUCAUCGACAGAUUAUGGAAAACUAUCUUCAUUGGCGAUGUUCGUCCAAGUAGGUAGCUUUUGUGGUUAUGUAUUGGAACAUAUCACAUUUCUCAAAAGUAGAAAUUUUGGUACUAAGUUUUGUUAUGGACUGAUCUAAUUUCAUAUUAGUAUGACAUUGGUCGUUUUGGGUUAAAUCUGUACAAAUUU